CGUGAAUAACCUUUAACAAACCAAACCUCGGAGAACAAGUUGGUCCGGGAUGCCAGACAACAUCGCCUUUCUGACGAACAGCACAGAAUUGGGGCACGUCGGUCGCGCGUUGGGUUCGGACGCGCGCCCCGCCUGGGCAACAGCGGUGCUGGCCAGCGUGCUGAUCUUCACCACUGUGGUGGAUGUUUUGGGUAACCUGUUAGUCAUAAUGUCGGUGUUCAGGAAUCGGAAACUGAGAAAUGCUGGGAAUGUGUUUGUUGUCAGUUUGGCCUUCGCUGACCUGGUGGUGGCUUUCUAUCCCUACCCGGUGGUGUUGUAUGCAAUCUUCCAUGAUGGCUGGUCUCUGGGGGAAACCCAGUGUAAAGUCAGUGGAUUCCUAAUGGGCCUGAGUGUGAUUGGCUCUGUUUUCAACAUCACUGGCAUUGCCAUCAACCGUUACUGCUACAUCUGUCACAGCUUUACCUAUGGACGUCUCUACAGCUUCCGUAACACGCUGCUGUUAGUGGCCCUGAUCUGGGCACUCACUGUGCUGGCCAUUCUUCCCAACUUCUUUGUGGGUUCGCUGAGUUACGACCCCCGUGUUUACUCCUGCACCUUCACGCAGACUGCCAGCAGCUCCUACACUGUGGUGGUGGUGGUGGUUCACUUCCUGGUGCCCAUCGCGGUGGUUACCUUCUGCUACCUGAGGAUUUGGGUUCUGGUGAUACAGGUGAGGCGGAAGGUGAAAAGUGAGGAACGCUCAAGGGUGAGACCCAGCGACCUGCGCAACUUCGUCACCAUGUUUGUGGUGUUUGUUUUAUUUGCAAUCUGCUGGGCUCCACUCAAUCUAAUCGGUCUUGCUGUGGCCAUUGACCCAGAGAUCAUGGCUCCACGUAUUCCAGAGUGGCUAUUUGUGGUCAGCUACUUUAUGGCCUAUUUCAACAGUUGCCUCAAUGCCAUCAUUUACGGACUCCUCAAUCGGAAUUUCCGAAAGGAGUAUGUGCGGAUCAUGACGUCGGUGUGGAUUCCUCGGAGGUUUGUGACUGAGACCUCCAGGGCCGCCACAGAUGGGAUGAGGAGCAAACCCUCACCGGCCAUCAAUAACAAUGAGUGACUUUUAUUUUUAGCCAAUUCCUGUUCAGAGAGAAACAUUAUGGAUGCAUGAAGCAAAUUUACAUGCUUUGAACUGUGAAGACAUUUUUUUUAAUGUUACAGAACCAUUAUGCACAACUCAGGUUGCUUGUUUUAUUUUUCAACCUAGGCAAAUUGGAAAUAUGUGACUGCCUAAAUUUCUGCAAAACCAGAAAUGUGUUGUUAUAUUUCACUGAACCUUUCAGAUGACACCACUUCGAGCAGCACUAUAAGCCAUUUAAUUUUUUUCUCUUUUUUUUUGCAUUGGAGAUGCAGAUUUACUAAACAGCACAGUGCCAUGAAAAUAGCAUUCCUGUGGGUACAAAAUAGCUGCAAAAUUAUAUUGCAUUGCUUGUAGCAUGUUUCACAGCAGUUUCAAAGCAAAAUGUCCAGUUUCUGGCUUGUUUAAUUUUCUCUGAAACAGUUGAACAUGAACGUGCUAAUGCUUUAUGUUCAGUAUUCAGAAAUGAAAUGUUGGGUGAGUGGUGCAAAAAUAUUAUUGCUCCAUUGUGUUUGAAAUUAAUGUACCACCAACACUAAACCCGAAAGUGUUAAGAAAAGCGAAAGGAAGAUAAAAACACAUUUACUGAAGAUACCAUGCCAUUUUAGCUUCAAGGCUUAACAAGGAUUUGAGCUCUUUUGUGGAGUGUCAUGACUUGUGUUUUAAAGAGUGUGCUGCAUCGCUAAUGUACCAGGUGAGCUACCGAGCAAGUUUACUAUGUCAGAAAAGCUAUUUAAAUGGAGCAAAUUAUGUGAUGCAAACAUUAAAACGUAUUAGUUUACAAAUCAUGCACUAUGGUAAAAGUGUUUUGAGGUCAUAACAUAGUAUUAUGUAUAUGGAAGGAACUGUGUUUCAUCAGUAAUCUGCUCCAUAAUCGUAAUUUGAGUUAAAGGGAAAAAGUUGUUGGUGUUUUACUGUCUCUGGUGUCCAUUUCACUUGAAAACUACAGUGAACUGUAUUAUGUAUAGGUACAUUUUUGCAGAAAUGUAGGCAGUCACAGUAUCCAGUAAGCAUUUGUUGUUUGAUGUUGUGAUCCAUUUCUGUCAUUAUUUAGAAACUCAGAAUUUAUAUUGCAAAUUAAAUUAAGUCCAUUUAUUUAGCAUCUGUUUAUGAUCUAUGACUAUUUAUUGAGGACAUUUUGUACAAUUUUGUGGGUCUGUUGUAUAUUUGUUGUAUAAAUCAGUUUGCAUCACAUAUCUUAGUCAUUUUCAAUUCAGAACUUCUGCCUUACUCUUACAACUUAAACUUGAAAUAUGAAAAAAUCCUUAUAUUUAUUCAAGGUGCCAAACGUUAAUGCAUUGACAGUAAGUAUCUGAUAUACCAAAUCGGUAUUUCAUCUCAAACCAAAUGAGAUUCUGAAAGCAUCCUAAUUUAAAUGCAACAUCAACAGAGCUUUAAUGAGCGAAGAGCUUCCAGCACAGCGAGAUAAAGCACAAACAUAAAAAUAAAAACACUUCAUGCAGAUUCUGCGAAGAAGAAUUUAGCUUUUUCAAAGUGAACGGUGACAGCGUGUGGUAAGUCAGUGAUCAGUUUCAAUCAGUGUUCACCUCUUAUCUUUCAAAUAUUAAAUGUCAUUCACGACUUUGGGGUUAUUACUUUGCCAGGAAAUGUGCAUGACUCUGAAACCAUAUAUUUUCUUCAACAAGUGAUCUGUGAGUAAAACAGCAGGGAUUUCGAUUAAGAUGAAGGUUACUGGCGAAAGAGGAAAGUAUUAAGAGACCUGGUUCGAAUGUAUUAUUGUUUUCUCUGCUUGUCCUCACUUGAUUUGACAAUGUGUGAUUUAAUCCUAGUGCCAUAAUGAGACGUUCCAUGCAAUGUGAUUGUACUGUUUGAGAACAUGCUUCACCAUUGACCUGAAUAAAAGAAAGGAACCAAACUGAUGAAAACCAAGUCUAUUGGAGGAUGUGAAAACCUCUCUCUGCAUGAAUGGGCUGCAGAGGGAUUACAUGGGGAGAUUGGGAUGAGCUUGCUCCUUAUGGCCACAUCUGCACAGGGAAUUAUGGGUCAUGUGUGGCUGGUGUCCCAGCAGAUGGUGGACUGAGGUGGUUGAUAACAUAAACACUUGGCCAAGUUGAGAGCAAUCUUGUCGUCAAUUUCCUGAAUGCAUUAUCCAGUAGGGAUGGGCAAAUCGAUCCUGAAGUAUCGAUAUAUCGAUACUGAUGCGAGUAUCGAAAGUAUUGAUACACAAAUAAAAAAUAUCGAUACUAAGGUGUUUUUAUAUACCAGUGAUUUUGUUUAUUUAACAAAAAAUAAUGCGUACAAUAUGCAUUAAAUUUGAUGAAUAACCUAUGUUAGAAAAUAAUUGUGUGGGA